AUGGUUAAAACAAGGUCUUCGGCGAGGGUAGGGAGCACCGCUCAGAGUUCGACAACCACAAAUGGAACCUCCUCUGACAGAAACAGAAGUAGAGGAUAUAGGAACAGUCAAGCCAUACAAUCUGGCGCAACGGGGACUGGAUCGCAGGGAAAAGACCCGCUCGCAGCAGGCAUGCAAGGGUCCCGGAACAUGUAUGGCCAACACCCAGUCGUCAGCGGCUACAACAUUGGCAGCACAGGGCAGGACUCUAGAGCGCAGACCCUGCCCGUUACAAAUCCAAUGUACACGGGUGGCAUGUACCACGGGUAUGGUGGCGCAGGCCCGACCCUCGCGCCUAUGCCCUCCCCUUCGCCUACCUCGGUACUGACCUCGCCAUUUCCAGUGCAUCCGGAUAUUAAAUUUAAGAAGUUACCAUUCUAUGAUGUACUAGCUGAAUUAAUGAAGCCAUCAACCAUGAUGCCUCUACAACCUGGCCGGAUGCAGGAGGGUUCCUUCAUCUUCCAUUUAACGCCACAACAAGCCACAGAAAUAGCCACAGGAAAGGAUAUAGUCGGAAGCAGUAAUAAACUCGAUUAUGUAGUACAGGCCCAGCUACGGUUUUGCCUGCUAGAGACCUCAUGCGAACAAGAAGACUACUUCCCACCUAGUGUUAAUGUUAAAGUAAACAAUAAGAUGUGUCCACUGCCAAACCCAAUACCUACAAACAAACCAACGCCAGAACCAAAGCGGCCACCUCGGCCAGUCAACAUAUCCUCGCUAGUGAAGCUCUCCCCCACCGUGGCCAACACGAUACACGUGACGUGGGGGACCGACUUCACCCGGAACUAUGUCGUCGGCGUGUUCAUGGUUCGGAAGCUCACGUCCGCUGAACUGCUGCAGCGGCUUAAGAACAAGGGGACUAAGAAUCCGGAUUAUACUAGAUCUCUAAUCAAAGAAAAGCUAUCAGAAGACUACGACAACGAGAUUGCGACCACCUCACUGCGCGUGUCCCUAAUGUGUCCGUUGGGCAAGAUGCGUAUGUCGUGUCCGUGCCGACCUGCCAAUUGCCCCCACCUGCAGUGUUUCGACGCAUCUCUCUUCCUGCAGAUGAACGAGAGGAAACCGACGUGGCUCUGCCCGGUCUGCGAUAGACCUGCGCCGUACGACUCGCUAGUAGUUGAUGGAUACUUCCAAGAAGUGUUAACGUCGUCGCGUCUAGCGAGCGAUUGCAACGAGAUUCAGUUACACGCGGACGGCAACUGGUCUGCGCACGCGCCUCCGCCGAACGUGCCACAGGCUGCCCCAGCCGCCGAGCCGGUCACGCUUAUUCCGGAUGAGCUGGAAGUUAUACCAAUCGAUGGCACCGGAGCGUCAAAAAAAGCGGCAGUCGGUGAGAAUCGAACGCCGAAAUCAACCGAAGUACUGGUCGAUCUCACGUCAGACUCUGAGGAUGAGUUGCCUCUGAAGAGGAAGACACCAGCACCUAAGUCAACUCCUCCCUUACCUGACCAAACCCCUAAGGAGGAGAAUUAUAACUCUAGUAAUGCUGAAGCAGUAUCGUCGAGUGGUUAUCGCUCACCGAGCAACAGUGGGGCAGUGAUUUCAUUGGAUAGCCCUUCUCCCCCCGCGCCUACCUCCCCGCAGUCGACGCGUACUGCGCCCGCGCCUGACGUCAGCGAAUCGCACGCGGACACACAUUGUACAAGUAACAGUGAGCGCGAAGAGAACGAAACGACGACGUCACAUUGGGCUCCAUACGCCGACUCCGAACAGAGCGAAUCCUAUAGAAGAACCGCUUACGAUCGCAUCGAAAAACAACCUGAUGAGCCAAAAGAUAUUACGAAUGAGCUACCUUCGAUGAGUGAACCCAUGGAAGUUCAAGAUGCUGUAGCAUCUACUUUAGCGCAGACAAUAUUCGCUCCUUAUAAAUCGAAAGCACAAAAGCAACGUGAGUACAGACAGCGAAUCGCAGCGUCUAGAACUCUUGCUCAGGCGGCUGCUGCGAAGAAAUCAAAAAACGAAAGACAGCGCAAGAACAGAUUACGCCAAGCUACUAACUUGGCUGAUGCUGGGAGUUCUCUUGAGGCUUCAUCUUCAGAGGAAGAUUUGAAAAAUGCUCCAAAAACAAGAGCACAAAUACAACGUGAGUACAGACAGCGGAUUGCUGCAUCCAAAACUCCUGAACAGGCAGCAGCUGCAAGAGAAGCACGUAAUGUAAGAGAUCGAAACAACAGAUUACGCCAAGCCAAUAACUUGGCUGUUGCCAAUGGUUUUCUAGAAGCGAAAACUUCAUCUUCGUCUCGUUCAGGACAAAGCCAGUAUGUACAUCCAUCAUGGAAGUUGACACCGUUGUACCACGACUGGUGCGACUUCAACACGAACGUGGAAAAUGACGAAACACUUCUCAAAUUGAUGAAAGACGUGUUUAAUCUCAAUUGUCAAGACGCUAAUAAGACAACACCACCAUCGACUUGA